UUACGAGAAGUGGAACUACAGGAAGGAGGAAAGAAUAAAAAGGUUACGGAGGCGAACAAGGAAGAGUACAUUGAUGCGAUCAUCAAGUGGCGCUUCGGGAACCGCAUCAAACCACAUAUGGGACACAUAAAGAAGGGAUUGUUCGAAGUGAUCCCAAAAAACAUGUUAUCGAUUUUCGAUCCCAAUGAGCUUGAGCUGCUUGUCUGCGGUUUGCCAGUAAUCGACAUCGAAGACUGGCAACAACAUACGCUGUACGCGGGUAGAUAUACGCGUUCUCAUCCGGUAACUUUUAUGAAACGAUUUUUACGCGUUGCUUGA